AUGAGGUGUGCUCGAUUGCGUUUGCAAGAACGUCCUUGCACAAAGCCUGACCUCCAGCGGGAGAAGGAAGUCAAGGCGAGGAGGUACUGCCAGCGGAGGAUGGUGGACCCUGGACACGAAGAGGAUCCUAGGUGGAUGGACGUGUUUGAUAGAUACCACUGCAAGAAGAGUUUCGACCAAGGAGAUACUACGGAUAUUGGAAGCAUCGUAAAUACAGACCAUCAUGACAUUUGCCUAACAGUUCAAAACCUUAAGUUUCUUGGAGAGGAACAAGAUGUCAAAAGACCACGUACAAGUUUCAAAUACAGACUACUAACAGAUAAUAAAAGACAUAGAAUGUUCACUAAACAAGUCGUUGAAAAUAUUGAACCGGCUGAUGAUUUCUCCCAACUGACAUCCUAUUAUUUCGAUGAUUAUGUCAAAUAUAUACUUAACAAUGACCGCUCGAGACCGUCGUCAAGUAAAUCUAGUGUUUUCUUUAAAACUUUCAACGAAAUCGGCAAAGAAAAUAAAGCUGUGCAAGUUGAGAAUAAACCUAAGAAAGAAAUUAAAAAAACUAACAUUCCAGAGAAGGUUACGGUAAAACCGAAUGUAGAUGUUGCUAAAAAGAAUGAGAGUAACAUUAAAGAAGAUAAUAUAGAUGAUGCAAAAGUAUUAUUCACUAAAUCUGGUAAACGUAAAAGCCUAACUAUAUCCAGGGUGCCCAGCCCAGAAACUGUUCAAGUGAUAAGAGUAGAUGUAGUUUGCAACUACAGUACAAGUUCAUCACUAUCUGAAUAUGAAGACAAGAAAUUGAAUGAUGUUGAUGCAAAGCUUGAUAAAAUAGAAGAUCUAAACUUGAAAGGCCCUCAUUUCUCGAAUAAGUACCUUCUUACGAACACAGUGAAAAGUUUGGACGAAAACGUGCCAGGAGGCGCAAAAGUAACCUUACUUUGCAAAACUUUCAAAUUGUCCGAUAGACUUAAGCUUUUGUCGGAUAGAAAAAAGGCUAAAGCUAAGAAAGACGGGAAGAAACUUCGCAAGUAA